CGCACAUCGCGAUCAAAUAUUCAGCUAGAAUCCUAACAUUUGCGACGACAAGGUAUACUAUUGCAGCACUGAAGCCAACUUGCAGCAAAUCCUCCAGCCCAUCAACCCCCCAAAAGGAUAUCGCACAAAUAGAAUCACGCCCACUAUACACUGAGGGGUUCAGCACCGAACAGCGAACCAACCGCAAUCAUGGCGCCGUCCUUUGAUCACCUUUCGGAUCCGGAGGAGGAGGAGUACGAUGACGAGGAAGAACUCGACUUUUCCGACCUGAGAGAGAAAUUCGAGGUUCAGCUUCAGCAGGGACUCGAUACCUUCGUCUGUGUGGAUGGACUGCCUAAAGUUACCGAGGAGACGAAGCCAAAGCUGAUUAAGUUCUUGUUAAGAAAGCUCAACUCCGUUGGAAAGACGAAGGAGGAGUUGGUAUUCAUGCCAGUUGGCGCGAGUGGACAAACUGAUGGAUUCGCAUUCGUCGAAUAUGCUUCCCCAGCCGAGGCCGCCGCGGCCGUCAAGUCUCUUGAUGGCGUCGCUAUUGAUAAGAAGCACACGAUGCGCGUGAACAAACUUACGGAUAUCGAGCGCUACGGCCGCGAGGGAGCCGUCCCCGAGGAUUUCACACCACCGAAAAUCGAGCCGUUCGCAGAGAAGGAGCAUCUCCGCUCCUGGCUCGCGGAUCCUGCUGGACGUGGCCGUGACCAGUUUGUUAUGUUCAGGGGUGAUAACGUUGGCGUUUUCUGGAACAACGAGAGGGAUGCCCCCGAGAACAUCGUUGACCGUGCCCACUGGACCGAGACCUUCGUACAGUGGUCGCCGCUAGGCACGUUCUUCACGUCCGUUCACAUGCAGGGUGUUCAACUUUGGGGUGGCCCAUCCUGGACUCGCAUGAAGCGAUUCCCCCACCCCUUUGUCAACUUGGUUGACUUCUCCCCUGGAGAGAAGUACCUCACCACCUGGUCCAACAAGCCGAUCUCCAUUCCGGAGGAAGGUCACCCAGCUCUGUCUAUUGACGACGAUGGAAAGAACUACGUUAUUUGGGAUAUCGAGACCGGCAAGCCACUUCGUUCCUUCGCAAACCUGGACGUUCCCGGCGCAUCGUUAGAUGAGGCCGGACAGCCCGUCAAGCGCAAGGUGCAAUGGCCAGCUUUCAAGUGGUCCUCGGACGACCAGUACGUCGCCAGGCUAAACCAGGGUACAUCCAUCUCUGUCUACGAGCUACCAAGGAUGGGUCUCCUUGACAAGACUUCGAUCAAGAUCGAUGGUGUUGUCGACUUCGACUGGGCACCUGCAACUGUUACUCGCGAUGGUGUUAAGACUUACGAGCAGCUGUUCUGCUACUGGACUCCGGAAAUUGGCAGCAACCCUGCCAAGGUUGGACUGAUGAGCGUUCCAUCGAAAGAGGUUGUCAGGACGUUGAAUCUCUUCAGUGUCACGGAUGCUAAGCUCCACUGGCAAUCAGAGGGUGCAUACCUCUGCGUUAAGGUUGACCGUCACUCCAAGUCCAAGAAGUCCCUCGCUACCAGUCUCGAGAUUUUCCGCGUGAAGGAGAAGGGUGUCCCGGUUGAGGUCGUUGACUCGAUCAAGGACACUGUUAUCAACUUCGCUUGGGAGCCAAAGGGUGACAGGUUCGUUGCUAUCACCACUGCCGAGGUUGUCGCCGCUACUGCCGUCCCACCAAAGACUUCCGUCUCUUUCUUCUGCCCCGAGAAGGUCAAGGGAGGCGCUGCCGUCGGAAACUUCAAGCACCUUAGGACAUACGACAAAAAGAACAGCAACGCCAUUUACUGGUCGCCAAAGGGCCGCUUCGUUAUUGUCGCGACUGUCCACUCGCAACAAAGCUUCGACCUUGAGUUUUACGAUAUGGACUUUGACGGCGAGAAGCCAGAGACAGAGAAGGAUUUGACUGCCAACCUUAUGCUUAUGAACACUGCCGACCAUUUCGGUGUCACUGACAUUGAUUGGGAUCCUACCGGACGUUAUGUUGCCACAAGCGCAAGUGUAUGGAAGCACACUAUGGAGAACGGUUACCACUUGUACGACUUCAAGGGCGAGCAAUUACGCGAAGAGCCAGUCGAGAAGUUCAAGCAAUGGCUCUGGCGGCCCCGCCCAGCAUCCCUACUCAACAAGGACGAGCAAAAGGCGAUCCGCAAGAACCUCCGCGAGUACAGCAAGGUCUUCGACCAAGAAGACGCUGAUCGCGGCGCGUCUGCCGACUUGGCCGUCGUCGAGCACAGGCGUAACCUCCUCGACGAGUGGCUCGCAUGGAGAGAGAUGGUUGUGGAGGAGGUUUUGGCUGAGCGCAGAGAGCUGGGCUUGCCAGAGGAUCCCCUGGAGGGCCUGAUCAAGCAGACCGAUGAGGGCGAGGACCAGGUUAUCGAAGAGAUCGUUGAGGAGAUCGUCGAGGAGACGGAGGAGAUCAUUGCUUGAGAACGUCACGACCUCACGCUUAUUAUUUCCUUCUCUGCAUAUGUAUGGAGUAAGUUAGCUCAUGAGAUCUGGAGGGUACCCAUGAUCGGUGUAUCCGGGUUGAUGGUACACGCUGGCAAUAGGGCAAAAGAAUAAAUGAACGAAAGAUUAGUUUUUUAG